AGCUUCUUUUAGGCAAUGCAAGACAUAAAAAAAUGGCGCGAGGAGGAGCCGCUGAACUUGACCAGCGACAUCAGUUCAGAUGAAUCCCAUAGAAGUGAUGAAAAUUUCGACACCUCCACUAACACGCUUCUGCCACAAAACUCAACUGCCGACAACUCGGCUAUUCUCAUCCCUCAAACACCUGUUGCCGUUCAUAAUUUAUCCAGCUCUUCUGCUCAACACGGUCGUCUUUCACUGUCACAACCCGUUCUCUCAAACGCUACACCCUCACCUUCCUCGAGGCUGAAUAUGUCUGCUGGAAACAUUGCUCGCCCUCCACGACCUCAGCGGGUGCCGCUUAUAAAGACUCAAGAAGAAAAUGAACAUUUAAGGCACCAGCUUGCCGAGUUCAACGCAAAACUAAGUGUGGCAGAAUACAAAGUGAUGGAAUUGGAAAGGAUGCUGCCCCGUGAAGUUCAGGAUAUUCUCGAGGAAUAUUACUCGCUACAAAACUCAAGACUCGACCUUAUCACGGAGCGUGAAGAACUUGCGGCUGCUAGGCGUCAGCUCGAAGCUGAAAUGAAUCAGGCUGACACGACUGCGCAGAAAAAAAUCGACAAAAUAAAUUUGAAGUUGAGCGAUUCUGAAAAGGAAAGAAAAGUGCUGAAAAAGGAGAAUGAGGAGUUGAGAAAGCGUAUUGAAGAGUUAGAAGCCAGAUUAGCCGCAGCCGAAGAGAUUCCAACUAGCCUUGAUGCGCUGAAAGGCGAUGACAGUGACUGGACGAUCAGAUCAGAGCAUGAUGUGAUGAUCGGUGAUUUACAAGACCGUUUGUAUACUAUCCAAAGGGAAAACGAAGGUCUUAACAAGAAAAUAGAAGAGCUCAAGAAGGUAAUUGAGGAAAAGGAUGCUAUCAUCAAUCAAACAACUCAGAACAAGGAUGGGCAUACUUUUGUCAUCGGUGGUGGACACGAUGCGGAAACUCUCCUGCAGCGCAUUGAUGAUCUCGAGGCUCGAUUACAUGAGGAACAAGACGAACGAGCCAAGGCAAAUACAGCACUUGCUGCGUAUAUGUCUCGGUACCAUAAGCUAGAGAAGAAGUUACACGAAGCUAACGUAUCAAUUGACAAGUCUUUGAAGGCGAGCAAUAAAGAAGAGGUUAAAGCAACGGUCGAACAAUUGCGUGAUUUGCUUCGUCAUCUUGCAACGGAUAACAAAAAGCUGCGUGAGGAAUGCGCAAGAUUGCUAAAAGAACAGUGCAACAUAAGCUCUGACUCUACCGAUCGUUCUGUUGGAAAUGAAUCUGGUGCCAAGAAUACUGUCGCUCAAAUUUGCGGAGCUGAAGGAGACUAUGAAGAGAAGCAGAGACAGCUACUGCGCGAUCUUCAGUCGUUCGCCGCAAUGAAGAAUGGAAACGCAAGCUUGCUGAAUAUGCUCGAAGACGCGUGUCGUGAAGGAGAAAUCCACAUUACUGAUGCCGAUUUCGGUUCAUCUACGACGGACAGUCCAUCUCAGCUGCAAGCUCCUCAGGGCGAUUCUGCUGCCAUGGACAAUUUACCUCUACUGAAUGCUUCAAUCAACGAGCUGAUGAAUCUGUCGCUCAACACAUCAAAAGAUAUCGCUAACUUCAAGGAACGUCUUAGCCUAUUCCGCGGUGUGAUGGAGAGAAUUUUCGAAACGCUGAGAAAUUCUGGUGUGCUGUUAGAAGAAGUAUUGGAGAAGUUUGGCUCUGAAUCCGACGAGCAUAGAGCACUCGCCGAAAAGAUUCGGGAGAUGAAGUUUGUGUGGAACACAUAUUUGAAUGAGACGAAUGAGAUAAUGGAAGCAAUCGAUGAUACACAGUUCAAUCUCAACGAAGUUGAAACAAAGAUGAUAGCUUUCGAAAAGUCCAUCCAUGAAGCCUCCUUCCGAAUGGACAUGUCUGUGGUUCACACAACCUCUCAUUAUUUCACGCAAUCGGAUGUCUAUAACAGAUCGCACAGAGGACGCAUUGCUGGUGAUGAGGAUGCUAACGUUGCUCAAGUCGCUUCGCAGAAAGAGGAAAUUGCUAACUUGCAAUCGCUGCUCAAGGAAGUUGAAGCUGCCCGUGACAGUGCCGUGUGCACUCUGGAAGAUGUUCGCUCCAAACUGAACAAGCUCGAAAACGAGGUUGCCCAGAUAUCUGAAGAGCGCGAGAAUCUGAAGGUCGCUGAAAAGGCGAUAAGCACUGAGAGAGACCAGUUGCAAGCGAAACUCCAGGAGCAAGUGAAUGCUUUCCAACAGUUAGAAGAUAACCAUUCUGAAUUGCAAAGCAGCGCUGAAGAGUUACUACGAGAAGUUGCAGACAAGGAUGCUAACAUGAUAGAAAUGGAAGCAAGAUUGUUAAAUCUGAAGCAGGAGAACGAGAGACUGAAGCAGCUGGCUGUAAGGUAUGAAGAAAAUGUAAACAGUCUGCAUGAAGCUCUUGAACAAGAGCAUGAACGCAAAAGCGAAGAAAACAACGCUUUAAGAGCGGAGUUGGCUACGGCACAGAAAACAUCGCAAUCUUUGCGUCAAGAUAUCGAUAAAUUCUGCCAAGAAUACAAUACAAAAGAAGCAACUAUACGCCAGUUACGGGAACAAUAUGAGACAGCUCUUGAGAAUAAUGCUCACAUGGCUCAAAUUGUUGCGGAGCUAGAACAGGCUGCGAGGGAGAAGCAAAGGCCUACGAGAAAGACCAGUGAAGAUAGCGUCACGACAGUAGUGGUGCAGCCAGGGACACCCAGAGCUGAGCUGAGGACACAGGAUUCUCAAACGGAUAUGACGAGAACUGCUUUGGCUCAGAUUGAAUUUGAUUCCGUCUCCUACGCUUCUGAAGUAAAGGCUUUCCGCUCAGCUUACAUGGAAUUGGCAACAGCUAUCGGCGAACUAGUGGUUAAGGAUAUCAACAAUCUACCAAACCCUGGAGAUUUGAAUUCCAUCGAGAAAAGUUGCAAAGAGUUGUCAAGAUUCAUCCGUCAUGAAAAGCGUAGACGAGAUCAGCAGGCUGUUGAAAUAGCUGAGGUCACUGAGAAAGUUAGAGAUCUUCAACGCAGAGAAGCAUCUGGUGAUACGGCUCUGCGGGAUGUAUCGCAAGUAAUGCCUGCUGAACAAGCUAAAUCCGCAAGUGCUAGUGCCCAGAAAAAAUACGAAGACCCUAUGCGUCAAACUCUAUAUGUUUUGACGAGAAUGGCGAUGGAAUUGGUUACAGAAUUACGUCAGUUAUCUCGACGCAGUGCUUGUGGAGAAAAGGUGGACUUCACCAAUACCAUCAAUCAAGCUAGAGAGCUUCGUAACGAACUAAAUGAUCGUUUCAUGAUUGUUCGAGCUGACAAGGAGAAUAUUAACAGUUACCAUGUACCUGAUCUUAUCAAUACAGUGGAGCUGCUCUCGAAAGAUAAUCGUACUUUGUAUGAGAGUCUGAAGCGGUGCAAAGCCGAAUACGAAGCGCUCGAGAAACAAAGCGCUAACAAUCCCGAGCUAGUGGAAAAGAUCGCUGCACAGUUGCAAAACAUCCACACUGCCAUGGUUGAGUCAAAGCGUGCGUGUGAACUACUUCAAACUGCCAAGACAUCUUCGCGUCCGAAACAAGCAACAUCCUCCAAGUAACUUGUAUUUGUUGACGCCACUUAAUCGUUUCACUUUACCGACUUACAUUCAAUCCGAUGAUCUUACUAUCAAUACUUACUGGUGUAUGAAUUAGUGAUCUUUAUUCAUGAUCUAAUAGUUUCUCGUGCAAAUUGUUUUAUGAUGUUCUCAGUGGAACACCUGAUACCUUUGAUAAAUGAAGUUUCUUUAUGGUAU